GCCUCGAAUAAACAUAUUUCUCAGGGACCACUGCCUGCCUCGAGAAGAAGCCGGUCCAAGCGGCGCAAGUGCAUCGGCAUCUAGGAUACGGAAACGAUUCUAGAGUUGAAGCCAGGACGCGCAAAGCGCUGUUGUACUCGAUGUUCGAAUAAUCGUAUUCCACGUGAUCGCUCGCUUCGAACUAUAGUCGAAACACGAGUACGUACAGGCAACGCGAUUGCAAUGACAGGAAGCUGCUCCAGAAUCUUAUCGCAAAAGCCUUGCCAUGUCCGUCUUAAAUAAUUGAAUCUUGCGGCCCCAGUAGUUUACUUUUGACCCAUGUCGCAAGAAGAGGGGAACGUCGAGUUGCGAGGAGGUGAAUCAGGAUCAGAAGCUCCCGACUGGGAUCACUCUGCGGAUACGGAUCAACCCGCGAUGAGACGUUACACCGCACCUGCAUUCGUCUAACAAUAUUUCCUAGUCGCAUAAAAGCACGAAGUUGCUCGUCGUAAUUGUUCAACGCGCGCCACGCGUGUACGAUUGAUUCCCUUCGAUUACUCGCAUCGUCACACAUUGAAAGAACCGCGACGAUGGAUCUUCGCGAUGACGAAACGCCCCACGGCGAUCCAGUUUACGGAGGAGAAAUCGGAGCGAGAUCUGCAGCGGCGGGAGCGUCACGCGCUGCCGAUACAGGUCCAUCGUGAUACGCUAAUUUUCUCGAGAUCCCCAUCGGAGAUCAUUGGAGCGUUAGGAGAAAUGGGCGAACGGCUCCGGAUAGCGAGGAACGUUUCGGGCGGCUCCUGCCAAACGUCGUGACCAUGACUCAUCGCACACGAAAAAUCACGCUCUCUCUUGACGCGUGGGACCCGCGCGGGCGGGCGCGGGGCUUGCGCAAUCCUUGUAUUUUUAUCCGUCGCGCCGCGAGCGACUUGUACUCGCCGAGCGGAUGCCAAGCAUGGGAAACCGGGACUCUCGCCGGCGCAGCGUUAUCUCUCCAUCUCGAGAAACUCGUGCGAUCAGCACUCGGCGAGGAUGAAAUUACGGCGAGCACGAGAGGGACGCCGCUAGUACGGACGCGCGAAUCGAGUCGCGUCCCCUCGAUACGUGGGACGCCGCUCCAAAUCGAUUCACAGUCCAUUGACGAUGCAUUAGUAUAAUAUUUACUGGCAAUCCGAAAAUGCAGGUACUCUAGUGGGCGAGCUUUAAUAAUGUUACGGUGAGAUUUCAUCGUUUUGUGAGCAAUCCCGGGGCCGGGACGUACGAUAAUUAUGUGUUGCUUAUUUGUAUCCAUCAACGUGGCGAUUGCUGUACGGGCGCCUCGAAAGUUGUCUGAAAUGUAACGUUGUGGGGCAGCGAGAUCGAAUGGAAGGCCUCGCCACGAGAAGAAUCGUUGACUCGCUCAUAAGAAAUCAGCUCGUAAGAAAGUCUCGUAGAUGUAACGAAAGGAAGAGGACGGAGUAGAGGGACAGUUCGCACGACGAGUGUAACGUAAAAAUUCCUGAGAAGCACGGCGUCGCAUUAGUGGAGAAACCCAGCCGGCGUCCUUUCUUUCAUUGCACACCAUUUCGAAGUGGUCCAUAGAGCAGCGAGUAACAAACGAGAAUAGAAAUUAACGGCCAUUGAGAGUCAAAAAUGCAAUGCGAGAAAUUGCAUUGCGUAUAUUAAACUUUUUUUUUUAAUACGUUCCGAAAGCAAAUUACAAAGAAAUUUGGUUUGUCUGGUUUUAAUUUUGUGUAGCUAUAAUUAUUGUUUAAAUUGUUUCCUGAACUGUUCCUAAAUUACUGGGCAUUUUAAUAUAAUUGGAAACAUCGGCACAUCUUGAAUUCUUUUCUCACGGUGUCUAUGAAUAUGGCAUUCUUGUUAACUGGCGUUUAUGUUUUUAUACAAAGUUAAAAAAUUAAUAAUUUCAGAAAUGGAUUAUCUGAUUGAUUCAACGGUCCGAACUUUUCGACGUUUAAUUCGGUUGUUAUAACGAUUGGCAAAAGAGAUGCCAUGCCGUAAGGAUAUACGCAAGGACUGCAUUCUACGUAGUGUUUACAAGAAUAUCUUUGCAGGCAAAGGUCUUCGGUACUGCGAUUCCGAUGAUAUAAUUCUUCUCAGCAAUCUCCUCGGCCGGAUACAUGCCGAGACGAGUCCAUAUUCCAAACGAUAAAUAUUUACUUGAGAACUCGCACUCCACGCUGGAGUCGCGUCUGUGCCAAGAUCUAGCCUCGAGUGUCUCGACCUAAGAAAAAAAAGUUUCGCGCAGAUUAAGCCCCACGACACGUUUCGCCGUGCCCGUACACUCAUUAAAUGAUGCGCGUUUUCUUCCUUUUAAGAUGAGAUCAUAAAGAUGGAAAAAAAGAAAAAGGCCAUCAACGGAAAGGCCGGCGGCGCCAAGCGCAGUCGCGGUGCUCUACGCGGCCGGGGUGGCUUUAGAGGAAGAGGUGCGAGAAUCAAGCACAAUGCCAUCCUGAAGAAACAUCAGCAGCAGCAGCAGCAGACCUGGCAGCGCGGCGGGAACACCGCGGGUAACGCGCGCGGCGGUUUUGCCCGGAAUCGCUUCAAGAAGCCCGGCAAUCUCGUAAGGUCGCGCAGCAAUCUCAGCCUGAAUCAGAAGGCGAGCGGCGCAAGGGGAGGCACAUUCAACGUGCGCCGCGGCAGAGGCGGCAGAAGCGGCAGAUUCGGCCUGACUCGUAGCCGUAGCCGCACGAACCUGACGUACAAUCAGGGCGGCUUCUUCACGAGCAACAAGAGCCCGCUGAAGCGCACGAGCAGCUUGCCCAACCUGCGAGACCCGAAUUCUGUCCACAAUCGCCUGGGCUACCAGAGCCCCGCUCAGAUCGCCUAUCGAAAUCGCGUGAAGCGAGCGAAGCAGCUGCUGCUGCAGAGGCAGAAUCAGAGGCUGACCUUGCAGAAUCAAUUCAGAAUGGCACAGGCCGGCCAGAAGAGCGGCCUACUCUCGAUGCAGCCGAGAACCUUGGGAAGGCAGCAGAUACUGACGUCGCAACGGCGCUUCACCACCGGCGGACUGCGAUCCGAUCAGAUCGCUCGUGCACAGAGGCGGGCGCAAUACGAACAGAAAUUGAUACGAAUGAACUCCGCCCGACUGACUCCUACUCCGAACGUCAAUUUCAUGUGCACGCUGGGAAGCGAGUACAUACCCACCGCUACGCGCCAGCGACCACUCACCCUCGCGCAAAGCCGACAACCCGCGACCAUCGGCACCCUACGACAAUUGCCCAGAGGACGAUCGCCGUACAGGCAGAGCGCGCAGAGUUUAAAUAUGAUUGGCCGACCACCAUUAUUCGGACGACAGCGCUCGAGAUCAAGAUCACGAUCGCGUUCGCGUACGCACAACACGACCGCGUCCGAUUCCAGCGGAGACGUCGACGAUCGUACUUUCAGCGAAGUCAUGUACAGCCUGUCGGGGAACCUCGGCGUUACGGGGCGAACUCUUAACGAUCGAUUUAGCAUUUAAGUAGCAGCGUCGCAAAUUCGACGUAAUAUCGAACACACUCUACUGACGAUCUGUUAAUAAUUUACCCGUAAAAUCCCAGAAAUAAUAAGUUUAUUUUAACAAUGUAGACAAGUCCAGUUGUUUUCUCUUUGAUUAAGUACGCGAGCGUUUAUUAGUGCCAACUUAUUACAAUUGAGUUUAUUAACACAUUGUCCAAAUACUUUGUUUCUCUCGUUUGCCCGAAUUGCACUGAGAUAUUGCUUCACAUUUGCAUCGUUAAUAUAUGUACAAACUAUUUUUAGAGAAUAGAUAGCAAGAUCAUACACUUUCAUUCGGAAUAUAUGGUAGUACGUAUGAAUAGAACAAAGGGAGUGAUUCUUAUCUGUCGCAUGAUUGAAGGCAGAAAUCACAUUUUCUCAUCUACGUGCAAUAACUUUGUAUAAAAUCUUGAGUAUUUUUUCAUUAUAUGAAAUGUAGGCGAAGAAAAUUAUUUAAAUACGUGGUAGCAAUUCUAAGGGCAAUUUGAUGAUAAAUUUUGACAUUUAGUGUGAAAGAAUAGGCAUAUACAUUUAUGUAUAAGAUUGAGCGCGUACUUUCCAAAUGUACUUUUCUUGCUUUGAAAAAUAUACAAACUAACAAUUA